AUAUCAAAAUAGCCCCGCAAGCUAUACUGUGUCCCCAAAUUUUCGUUCUCCAGAAGACAGUGGCCGUGGAACCAGGACCCCCAGGACCACCAGGGCCCGGCCGUCCGCCAGCAUGAGCUGGGCUGAGCAGCUGGACUCCUUUCUGAGCGCCACUGAAAACAGCAUGGCCAGGAUAAAGCAGCGGCUCUGCCCGUCAGGAACUAAGACACGGGGGGAUCUGUCCGGAGACCCCCUCCCCAGCUGGCCCCCGAGGCCUCACUCGGAUGUGUCCUGCUGCCAGGGGGUCCGAGACGAGGUUGCCGCCCUCAAGGGCCAGUUGCAAGCCCAAGCGCAGGUUAUGGCGUCUCUGAGCCAGGCCGUGAGGGAGCUCAUUCAGGAGAAGGAACAGCAGAGACUCCGAAUCUGCGGCUUGGAAGAGCAGCUGGGCUGGCUCCAGGGCGUCCUCGCCAGGGCCGUCUCUCUGGAGCGGCGUGUGGAGGGACUGAGCGGCCAGCUGCAGGGCCUGAGAGACCAGGUGCGGGGAGGGCCUGCUGACGUGCCGCCCGCGGAGGCCAGGCGCCCGGCCGCUCACCUGGGGCAGGACAGAAUCCUCUCGUCCGCCCUCCUCGCUCCUUCCCCCAGGACCACCGAGGUCCCUUCCGGCCGCACGCUGUACGAGACGGGGAGGUGGGAGCCACAAUCCAGGCUCCGGCGGGACCAGCCGACCCGCCGGCCAGGGGCAGUGCUUAGCCGGUGCUCAGAGAGCCCGGAGGCCCGGCAGGAGUGGAGCCAGAAGGGCCUGGACCGGACCGGAGAGUUGGCCAGGACGGAGAUGCAGGAUGCCCGGCGGGACCUUGACCACAUCAGGUGUGUGCUGACCACCCUCCAGACCCAGCUCCAGGAUCUGCCCCGAGAGCCGGGAGCUGCAGGGAAGGGCCCAGGCCCUAACUCUCUGGCCCGGUCCUGGUCCGGCCUCUCCUCGUCGGCCUCCAAGUCCAGCUGUUCGAGCAGCGGCAGUGACAGAAGCGGUGGCUUCGGGGCCACAGGCUGCGGUCUCAGCCCCCAGAACUGGCUAUUUGGGCGCCCCCCAUUCCCAGGUUCCUGGAGCAGCCCUGAGCCGGACCAGGCGAGGACCCCAGAGCUCAGCACCGAGGGCGAGGAGGACCCUGACCCAGACAAGGCGAGGACCUUGAGGCCCGGCACCGAUGAUGGGGAGGAUCCCGAGCUGCUCUUUAUCGACCUGGGGUAGGAGCAGGCUGCCCCAGCGGCCUGACCGUCUCCUCCUUGCCCCCACCAUGGCAGCUCAUCCCAUCAUCAGCCAGCGCUUCCCCCAUCACCUCCGACAGCUCGUCAGGGCCGGGUUGGCCCUUUCUGCUCCUCUGGUCAGCCCCUCAGGGUCACUGUUCCCUCCUCCUCCUGGGCCCCUUCCCCUCAACACUGUCGGGAAUGGGUGAUGGGAUCAGAGCCCUAGGUGAGGGUGCUCUGCCCCUAGAUCCCCAGCCCUCUCCGGAAGAACGUGGCAGAUUGGGCAGGGGUUACUUCUGUUACCAGCCUGUGAAGGGAGAUGGGACCGCACCUCCUCAUUUCCCACUCCAGGCUAAGCCCCAACUCUCUGGCCCCUUCGAGUCCUCAGAGCACCGCCGUCCCUUAUAGACUGUGAGCCCACUGUUGGGUAGGGACCGUCUCUAUAUGUUGCCAACGUGUA